AUGGGUGGACAAGUCAGUCAGGUGUUCCAAUCUGGUAGUGCCUUGUUAACCAAUGUACAUGGACAUAAAGUCACUGAUUCAACAAGACAAAAAGUUCAGACAAUUUUUGAUGCUCUAAGAGCUAAUCCUAGAAUUGGCGUACAAAGACUCGAGGGGCUUUUACAGCAAAUUCCUAGGAAUGAAAAUAUACUAGCAAUACAUGAUGAAACUGGCUAUAAUCUGUUACAAAAAUGUGUAGGAGCAAAUAAUGUUGAACUUGUCCGUUGGUUACUGGCUAGACACACUGCUGCUGAUGUCAACAGAUUUCCAUGCAGCUUACCACUUCAUGUAGCAUGUUUAAAAGGACAUGAUGAAUGUGUUGAGUUAUUAUUAAAACAUGGAGCCAAAUCUGAUGUAGAAGCUAGAAUGUGUUGGCCUGGACCCCAUAACAGCAAUUGUGAAGAAAGAGGAAAGUACUCUUCUGCUGCUCAGCAUGAAGAAACUUGUAUAGAAAGAGAAAGUAGAGAGAGAGUACCAAGUACUAAAUUACAGUCAGCAAUUUAUUAUGCCCUAGAUGGUGAUCAAGUCAAUAUCUUGACACUUUUGUCACAAAGAGGAGAAGAUCCAUGGAAUGGAAUUUUUCGAGCAAGGAAACCACUCUUGCAUUCUGCUUGUGAAAGAGGUGCUUGGAAAUGCACCGAAUAUCUUAUUAAAGAAAGAUCUGAUGAAAUUCACAUUAUCAAAGAUGAAUAUUAUCCAAUUCAUUAUGCUGUGUUGCAUGAUAGUAAAUUUUUGGAACUAUUAAUAGAUCACGGUGCUGACACAACAGUACGCACAUGCACACAACAGAUGACUCUGUUGCAUGUGGUGCUUUUGGUUGCACACAAAACAGCAGAAGAUACAAUAGCAACGAUAAGGUUAUUACUGGAUCAUGGGUGUAAAGAAUUGAUUAACACUCCUGAUAGUCUAGGAAAUACUCCAUUGCAUGCGCUAAUAGUAAGAUAUGCAUUAGAAGAAGCCCAAUACGGAUAUGACAAAUGGAAUAAAUGGGAUAUUCUCCAUCUUGUAAGAUACUUAAUUCAAAAUGGCGCUAGACAGUCAAUUAACCAUACUGGAAAUUCAGCAGUAGCUUGUGUAUUGAGACAUGUGAGAGAUUGGGAUGUAUGUUAUGAAUUGGUCAAUAUGUUACUCAAUGAAGGAGGUGACCCAAAUAUGGUAGGACGAGAUGGUUCUGUACCUUUAAUGGUUUGUUUAGUACCGCUUAUUAAUAAAGAUCCUUUACAUCAUUUUACUCAUAGUAUGAAAGUCUGCUACUUAAAUUGCAUCAAAAUCCUGCUUAAACACGGAGCAAAUUCGAAUUGUAGCUACAGAGUAAAUUUAACCCCGUUACAUGUCUUAGUUUUCACUGUAUCCGAAAACAUUACGCUUAAUUGCAGUGUUCAGAAAAGGAUAAACUUCGAAUUUAUUAAAAACUUAUUAAUCUUAUUGUUAAAUCACGAACUGGAUCCUAAUGUUAGAGUCAGCAGAAAAACUGAGCAUAUCUUGCAGUCCUGCAUGGAUAUGAUACAGAACGUUAGAGAUUGUAUGGAUAUUCACUAUGUUUACGACUUAACGCUUACGCUUAUCCAAUACGGGGCCAAUCCUGACUUAAGCCUUAAUAUGUCGGAGGCCAUCAAGAACCAUCCUUUGCAUUCGCAGAGCAUUUGGAAGACCAAGAACUACAUUUUGUACUAUUACAUCAUGUUGAUAUCCAGAAAAGAGAAUCUCAUUACCGAUCCUCAUCUUAGUUUUGCAAAGAUCAUAUGGUUAUUUUACUGCGUCAUGCAACACAAGCCUCUUUUUGAGUGCCUCAAGAUCUUGUACACUCAACAACUAAGUCUCGUCCCCGGCAAAACGACUGAACCCUUAACUGCCAUCAUCAGAGACCUCUACAAGCGCCCGCGAAGUCUCAAACAAAUUUGUCGAGUAAAAAUUCACAAUUGUCUAGGGCGCAGGCCUGGACUGUACAUCAACAAGCUGAACCUGCCGAAUCAGCUCAAUGACUAUUUGUUGAACUUCCAGGCGUGA